AUGCCAACAGUAACGCCUUUACCACCGUGUACAACGACAGACGCAUGGCUUCGACCGCAAGAACCAUUUUGUAAUCGGUUCCUUCUAUGCUUGUUUGGACAGUUAAUAAGUGAAGUAUGCUCACCGGGUUAUCACUUCAGUCCAACUCAAUACCAAUGCAUGCCGGUAGCUGAUGCGCAAUGUGAAGAUGCAUUUACAACUACAACUAUGGCUAUCACCACCACAGAGACAACACCUGCCACCAAAUCAGAUACUACUAUUCCUAUCACCACCUCAGAGUCUACACCUGUCACCACCUCAGAGUCUACACCUGCUACCAGUUCUGAAACCACCGAUGUCACAACAUCAAAAUCGAGAAGAGAUGAAGAUGAAAUAACCUCUACUACUUCAGAGACUACACCAGCUGUCACCACAUCAGAGACAACACCUUCUGUUACCAGCUCAGAGACAACACCUCCUGUCACCAGCUCAGAGACUACACCUUCCGUCACCACCUCAGAGACAACACCCGCCACCAGCUCAGAGACUACACCUUCCGUCACCACCUCAGAGACAGCACCUAUCACUAGCUCAGAGACUACACCUGCCACCAGUUCAGAGACCACACCUUCCGUCACCACGUCAGAGACCACACCUUCCGUCACCACGUCAGAGACAACACCUAUCACUAGCUCAGAGACAACACCUGCCACUAGUUCAGAUACUACACCUGCUGUCACCACGUCAGAGACAACACCUAUCACUAGCUCAGAGACAACACCUGCUUUCACCACGUCAGAGACAACACCUACUGUCACCAGUUCAGAUACAACCAUAACUACAACAAAACGUUCUACACCGCUUUGUACAAAUAGAGACUUGUGGCUAAAACCACAGUAUUCAUAUUGUGACCGUUUUCUAUUGUGUUUGUUUGGAAAAAUAACAAGCCAGCGAUGUCCUUUGGAUUUCCAAUUCAAUCCAGUUCUUUUGCUUUGCCAACCGCCAGCUGAAGCGAAUUGCAACAGCGAAACGACAACUAUAACACCCACUACCAAACAAGACCCAUCACCUGAUAACAGAAUUAGGCCACCACCUUCCACCACAAUAGAAACAACACUUACCACUAUUGUAGACACAACUGUCACCAGUCCAGAGACAACACCUGUCACCAGUUCAGAGACAACACCUGUCACCAGUUCAGAGACAACAACUGUCACCACGUUAGAGACAACAACUGUCACCACCUCAGAGACAGCCACUGCCACCAGUCCAGAGACAACAUCUAUCACCACUUCAGAGACAAUACCAGCUCCUCUUCCUAAAUGUAGCUACAGAGAUAUGUGGUUUAAACCAGAUCCGCAUAAUUGUGAAUACUUCUAUCUUUGUGUGUUCGGUGAGAUAUUGCAUGAACAAUGCCCUGAGGGGACAGAGGCUAGCAUUACUAGUUUCGCAUGCCUACCAAAAGAAUUAGCAGGUUGUAGCAAUGCGAAUCAAACCAUAGUAACUACGACACCACGUGUCAUACGUCCAGUACCUUAUUGUAGUAGAUAUGACAUGUGGAUAGAAGCUGAUGCGACUGAUUGUGGACAGUACUAUGUUUGCACCUUUGGACAUUUAACCCACGAAACAUGUCCAGCGGAGUAUAGAUUCAGUGCUUUGGAAAAAGAAUGCUUACCGAAAUCACAAGUGAACUGCUUCGAAAAAGACCAGUCUACUCCAAGAAACUGGAAAGACGCAAUCUGUGCAGACUACUCGAACCUUCCCCUAGUCUUCUUAGAAGACCCGAAAGACUGCAGAAGAUACUACAUUUGUUCUUUAGGAAAAUCUACGCUGCUGCAUUGUCCUGACAAUUUCUCAUUUAGUGUUGAAAAACAGAUAUGUCUCCCAUCAUACCAAGUGCUCUGCAAGUCGCUAUGUCCGUCAGACGCCACCCAGUUUGUGGUGGACCCUCAAAGUGAGAGCCGCUACAUUAUCUGCUACAAUGGCACGCCGCUACCUCAACAAUGUCCACACAAAUAUGUGUUUGAUCCAAAACUCCUGACAUGCAGAUUAAAAAAAGGCAUAAGAGGCGUAGACUCAGAAUUAUUAAAAUAUUUGCUUAGCUUUAUUAAAAGCUAG